AUGACUGAACAACUUAUUCAACGUGGUACCCUUGAAGGCCACAGCGGUUGGGUCACCAGUCUCGCGACCAGCUUGGAGAACCCUAAUAUGCUGUUGUCGGGUUCCCGAGACAAGAGUUUGAUCAUCUGGAACUUGACCCGCGACGAAGCUGCCUACGGAUACCCUAAGAGAUCUCUCCAUGGCCAUUCUCACAUCGUUUCCGACUGUGUCAUCUCCUCCGACGGUGCCUAUGCUCUCUCUUCUUCGUGGGACAAGACUCUUCGAUUGUGGGAACUGUCAACUGGCAACACCACCCGUACCUUCGUCGGCCAUACCAACGAUGUUCUUUCCGUUUCCUUCUCCGCAGAUAACAGACAGAUUGUUUCUGGCUCCCGUGACCGAACGAUCAAGCUGUGGAACACCCUCGGAGACUGCAAAUUCACCAUCACCGACAAGGGCCACACCGACUGGGUUUCGUGCGUGCGAUUCUCUCCCAACCCUCAGAACCCCGUGAUCGUCAGCGCUGGAUGGGACAAAUUGGUCAAGGUCUGGGAACUUGCCUCUUGCCGUAUUCAAACCGAUCACAUCGGCCACACUGGCUACAUCAACACCGUCACCAUCUCUCCCGAUGGAUCGCUCUGUGCCUCUGGUGGCAAGGACGGUACCACCAUGCUCUGGGAUCUCAACGAGUCCAAGCACCUCUACUCUCUGCAAGCCGGAGAUGAGAUCCACGCUCUUGUUUUCUCCCCCAACCGAUACUGGCUUUGCGCUGCUACCACCUCCUCCAUCACUAUCUUUGAUCUCGAAAAGAAGAGCAAGGUUGACGAGCUCAAGCCUGACUACGUCGAGAAGGGCAAGAAAUCUCAAGAGCCUUAUGCCGUCAGCUUGGUCUGGAGUGCUGAUGGGCAGACUCUGUUCUCUGGUUAUACCGACAACAAGAUCCGUGCUUGGGGUGUUAUGUCAAGAGCAUAG